AUGGCGACACCAGCUCACAUCUCUAGCUCGGACUAUCCGCCUACUCUCAACAAUGUCAGGAACUCUUACAAGCCCGCCGCGAGUCUGACGAGAUCCGUGCCGCAAGGCAUUGGAAAUGUUGAGAUUCUAGCUCUUGGCUCUUCGCAGCUCAAGAAUAUUUUAUAUACAGCAUAUCAUGAAAAGGGGCUACCCCAGCGGACAACACACAUCACUGUUGUUGACUCAUUCCAACUUGAUAUCGCGUUGAAUGCCAUUUUCUUGACGCUCAUUCAGGCUCACGGCCGCCAAAUCCAGGACACGGACUUGGAGCAACUUUGGGAGAUUAUCACAUCCGCAGCCAUCAGCAAAAAGCCCACAAGAAGAUACCCUUUCUCCGAGGUUGUGCAGUUCGAAGAGGAUGCCUCCUUGGCCGUCCUCGCCACCCACAUCCACUUUGUCGUGUCCGCUGUCGAGGCUGAUGCCGACCGGGAGAGAAGCAUCGGCACCCCGUUUCUAGGAGAGGCUAAAGAAAAUGACGAAAUCAACCGAUACGUCGUCUCCGCGGCCCCCUUUCGCAGCAGGCGAGGCGCAAUGUCUGCCGUGUCCGCCGCCAAAGUGAGCUUUAUCGAGUGGACUCACGCCUUGGCCGAGGCCAUAGGAAAUACUCUGACUGUCAGCUUUGUCAAUGCCGACCCUCAUUCGUAUCUCGACGCGCUACACCGUCACGCACAAGGAGAUACGAACCCAUCCCACUACAGGACCGGGCAUUCAUCGCUUCCUCUCCAAAUUGCCUCGGCCGCUGUGACUGAGUUUGAUGUUAUCGACGCUUCCCACGUUACAGGAAAUAGGCUGCGUAUCCUCUUGACGCUCGCCUUUGCCGCGCCCUUGCUCAAGAACCAGCCGUGGGCAACCGUCUUUACCGAAUUCAACAUCCGGCUGACGGAGAUGAAGGAGAACCCGCUCGAAGAUGUUCUCUACGGCGAUACCCAGUCCAUGUGCCUGCUUUUAGGCCUAAGCACGCCGGAAAUAGUCACCAACUCAAGCUCCGCCGCAAUUGUUGACGAUGUUCUCUUAGGGGUUGAAGAUGACGUGCCCCUCGGAAGUCAAAUGUGCCCCGUCUACUACCGGCUCGCUUGGAAACACUGCCAUUCUUUGGCUGGAAGUGCCCAUCAAAUACCACUGAGCAUGACGGUGGACAACUUGGUAAAUCUCCUCAUGGAGCUUGACGACAAGAUGUAUGAGCUCGACCAGCGAUAUACCGAAUCCGUGCGCAACCGGACGCCAAGUGGGCUCUAUAGGGUUGGACUCCUCGCGCCGCUUCUCCAGGCCGCCGCACGGAACGUGACCUUUGAUAUCAAGGAGCUUUGUGAUCGCUUCUUCGAUCACGCGCCGCGGGAGGCUAGGCGGCCCGCCAUCUCGGAGGAACUCCCUGAACUCGCGAUCCAGCUCCACGCUCGUGGCCUCUACUCGUCGCCUUACUUGGCUGAGUCGUUGAAAAUCGAAUCAGACAACGGCCGGCUGGACCUGCCCAGCGUGGCCGCCGUCAGUAUUGUUGUCCACGAUUAUAGUCACAUCCAAGACUUCUUUGAUGUUGAGGAGCUUAUCACGAAAGCCAUGGUCUUUGAGGCUAGGAUCACCAAUGGUCCCAACAAGCUCACCAUGUUCAGAGACUUGCAGGUCAUGACGGCAAAUGCCCUCCAAACAUCACUGUCAACAAAUUCGAUCAACUUCAAGGACAACAGCAUCCACAUUCGAUCUGGCGCACCGAAGCAUCUUGUGUUUACCUUUUGGGCCCCUGCCUCUCUCCUUACCGGGAGUGACGUGGAGGUCGAGUUAGUCGGCGUGCCCUAUCCCCUCCUCGAUAUCAUAUACGGCAUCAACAUUUGCAAAGGAAAGUUGUCGCAUUCCAUCUCGGAAACGGGGCCAAGUUUUCUCCUCACCGCCGCUCUGCCGACAUCUGCAGAAGAGCCCAUCUUUUUCAGCCGCGCACCUACAGCAGCCAAGAAUCCGGACGCUAUCCCACAAGAAAAAGAGGACGUUGACAGGCAGGACAUCACAUCAAUCCAGUUUAAUACCGAAGACAAAUCGGGAAGUGUCGUGGCUCGACAAGUGCUUCACUCUGAAAAGGGUAGGCAAUUACUUGCCGAGAAGGCGCCUAUCACGAUCAAGCAGUCUGGCCCGUACUCUAUCGACAUCGUCUUUGGAAAGAAGAAAGACACGACGAUAUACACCGUCAACUACCCCACCACCGUUACGUCGGUAGGAAGCAAGACUAGGAUUGCGCGCAAAUCAGGUUACGUCGAGGUCAUCGCAAAGGCACCUACCCCGGAUGCCUCCGCAAUCUCGGACCUGAUCUUCCCGUCCACUCUUAGUUCCGAUGCCGUGCCCGUAUCGCUAAAUCUCCCCUCAUUGAACCUGGACAGCUUGCCUCUGUUGGACAUCUCCGACGAAACCGCGAACAAGUGGAUUACGACGCUCACGUCUUUUCAAUUUUCUUCCAGAGAGAGUGAGAGGAGCCAAGCCAAUGAGAAGACUGGAAUGGUGCACUCCACGCGGGUCAAUUUCAAAGAGUCUCUCUUCUCCAUGUUUAUGACUUCCACUGGCCUUCAGGGCGGACAAACUGGUUUGUUUGCACUAAAUCAGCCAGGAGAGGACGGAGUGCACAUGCUCAUUUUCGUGUCCGCCGUCCGUCUCGACUGCGCUUCCAAUUCGAUCGUCCUCGAUGCCGCAGUAAUGCCCAUGACGACAGAGAUGCUCAAGGAUCCCGAGAUUGAGGGUUUCCUCCUCCUUUUGAGGACCCUCGAGAUCUGCAGCCUCGAUGUCGACGAGGCCGAGCUCAAGGCCUGGAAAAAGGCCCUUCCUGCUUUCGCCGAAAGGUGUCGGACCUGGGAGCAUCAUCCCACCUGUGAGUACAAGGCGGCCGGCGCCACGAUACCGCUCAGCCUCGACAAGGGCGAGCCCGUUCUCUGCAGCUGUGGCAAGGGGAGAUCCCAGACGCGUUUCUCAAUCUACCGGGGUGGCGCGAGACGGCGUCCAAGCAUGCGGGAGCAAGAGGUGUGCCAGAAAAAGGACUGGAAGAAGCACCGGUUCGAGUGCAAGGAGGCAGCUGAGCAAAGCGAAGGUUAA